AUGUGGAUGUGGAGAAGCAGAAGCAGCGAAACAAGAGGAGGAAACACAAGAAGUGCGAAGAGGAGGAGGGUUAUAUGUGUUGAUUAUAAUAAUGCAGAUCACAUUGACAGUAGUUUAAUUAUCGACGACGAUUUCGUGGUUUUUCAGAUACUGAGCAGACUGCCAGUGAAGUCACUUAUGCGGUUCAAGUGCGUGUGUAAAAGUUGGAAAUCGAUUAUCGAACACGAUGCACACUUCAUCAAUUUACACCAUAGCCUUUCUGAAGCACGCCCAGGUUUCUUAAUUGUGGUUCCGAGUACCGCAGGAUAUAGUCAGGAUCACACCAGGGGUUAUGAGUCUUUCUUGUCAGGUAAUUUGCACUUUGAUAGCAGAGGAGUCAAAAUUCACACCGUCAGGAAAAUUCAGUCAAUUUCAAAUCUUACAACUUUGGGACCUAUUAGAGGAUUCAUCUGUUUGCCUGACAUCUUUGCUGUUCAGAUAUACAAUGUCAGCACCGGAGAAGUAACACCAUGGAUCAAGUCGUCGGUGUUUACAAAUGUAGAGAAAGAGAAUGUCAUCUUGAAAGUUUAUGAGCAGCCGGAAUGUUAUUUUGGGUUCGAUCCCAGUACUGGAAAACAUAAAGUUAUCUUUCUGUGGUAUGCAGGUAGAUUCAAAAAACGGCAAGUUUGCGAGGUCUUGACUGUAGGGGACAAUAUGUGGAGAAUAAUUGAUGAUGCACCUCCAUGUAAACCAAAUGGAAAUAUCAGUGCUUGUGAAAAUGGUUCCAUAUAUUGGUUUAUGUACAGUGGCAUUGCACCUUGGAUACGUAGCAAUGAUUAUGUAGAGGCGGUUGAGUAA